AUGGGAGGGCUUCUAUCCUCACCUAAAACUGACAAAUAUAAUGAAACUGGUUGUGGCAAUGGACUUCGAUACGGGAUCUCUAGCAUGCAAGGCUGGCGUCUUUCAAUGGAGGAUUCUCACUGUGCCAUAACACAACUUCCCGGAAAUCUUAAGGAUUGGUCAUUUUUCGCUGUUUUUGAUGGCCAUGCUGGUGCCUUGGUAUCAGAACUCUGUGCCACAGAAUUGUUGAAGUGUAUUGUGGAUACUGAGGAAUUCAAAAAAAUCAAUCCUGACUUAGCACCUAGUUUACAAGAAGUAGAACGUGGCAUUCGUGACGGUUUCUUAUCCUUGGAUGACCGCCUUCGACACCUUCCUCAGCUUGCUAGCGGUGAAGAUAGGUCAGGAUCCACUGCUGUCUGUGUGCUCAUAACACCUAAACAUAUUUUCUUUGCUAAUUGUGGCGACUCUCGUGCCAUACUCAUUCGAAAAGGUAAAGUUGCCUUUGCUACAGUUGACCAUAAACCUGUAAAUCCAAAUGAAAAACAGCGUAUUCAAAAUGCUGGUGGUUCUGUUAUUAUACAAAGAGUAAAUGGUUCUCUUGCGGUUUCUCGUUCAUUAGGUGAUUAUGCCUUUAAAGCUGCUAAGGACUUAGGUCCUACGGAGCAACUUAUAUCCCCAGAACCUGAAAUCACAGUUGUUGAUCGUGAUAAAGAUUUAGAUGAAAUUAUCGUUUUAGCCUGUGACGGUAUUUGGGAUGUUUUAACUAAUGAAGAAAUUUGUUCACUUUUGCAAAAUCGUAUGCGAUGUGUUGAUGACUUAUCAAUGAUAUGCAAUGAAACUAUUGAUAUGUGUUUGUAUAAGGGCAGUUCCGAUAAUAUGAGCAUGGUUCUAGUAGCAUUUGAUCCUGCUCCUCGAGUAGAUCCUACUUCUAAAACGGAAGAUGAAACUUUAGAAUCUGUUUUACUACAACGUACUAAAGAAUUUUUGGAAAAGCAUAGCAAAACUGAAGUAACAACUGAAAUGGUUGUAGAAGAUUUACAAACCUCUGUUAGCAGUUUGUCAUCGUCUGGAAAUUGGCUUUGCAAGAUUGGCAAAAUCCAAGAGCUUAUUGAUUCUCAUCGACUGGCUUUUUCAAAUCGUGGAAUAUAG